GUGGCCAAGACUAUUGAAGAAGCCAGUACUGAAGAAAUAACGCAAACUUACCACCAACUCCAAGCCGCACCGUCCGUUGAGUCGAAACCACCAAGAAAACGACUUAUCAACCCAGAACAUACGACAGGAACAGGAAUCAACAAAGUCCCAGAAAUCUACCGACCUGUUAUUGAUGUGGCCAGACUGGACACAUACAACGAUUUUGCCAGAACACUCAUAACACAAACGAUACCCCCCGCAAAUAACCGACAGAGUCAACAGUCGACUUACAAUGCAAACUUAGCGACUAUUAGUAAUAACCCUUUUGGACAAAAUAAUGCUGCCACAACACAAGUGCCCAAGGCAAAUAAUGCCCGAUUAAUUAAUACUGACGCCCUUCUUUCGCAGAUUCAGACGCUUGCUAACGUUAUCCAGGCAUCCACCAACACUGAAAAUAACACUCACGGUACAUCGAACUCAACACUCUUGGUGACACAUGAAUACUUGGUCGGAAAAUGUAAACGAACUAAGAUAGAACCCCGGAAGACGAUGAAUCCUAUAAACCUCGAAUCUGAUACAGACGACUCUGAACUCUCCGAUGACGAAUCAACCGACAGCGAUGAAGAAUUCGAAGAACAACAACUGGAGAAUCGGAACUUUCUUUGUUGGACUGCCGAAAACUCUUGGACACAGAUACAAACGGUUAUCCGAAUGUUGGAUGAAGUUGACCUGGAAGAAUACCCCGAUACAUUGCUAGGAGAAUACCAAAGGUUGACGACGUCUAAAGAAAAUUUGACCAAAUCAAAUACCACAACUCAAAAUGGAAGCUCGACUGGAAGGGCCCGGCUGAAUGUUGGUGUCGAUGUAUAUUUUCGAACUCAACCCACGAAUGCCAAAUAUGCUACCAGGAAUUGA